GCAAUGUCCACCACCUGGCCACCCGCCGAAGGCCUCUGCUCGCCCACCGUCUCCCGCAAAGACGCCGUCUUCUCCAUCUACGCCUCAACCACCAUCUCCGCCUCCGCCGCCUCCGUCCUCGAAACAGUCCUCAACGUCUCCUCCUACCCGCAAUGGAACACCUUCAUCCCCAAAGCUUCCAUCACCAGCCAACCCGCCGACUCCGACUCCCCUGACGACCACAGCCACAUGCAAGUCGGCAGCAUCAUGACCUUCCACGCAGUCAUGAACUCCUCCAAACCACAAAGCGCGACGGAAACAAGUCUGCAAGUCACGGACAUCUCAACGCCAGAGAAGAAGAGCACAUACAUAUCCCAGGAAACAUUGGAUAGCGAACCGGCGUAUACCGCGGAUUUGGACAAAGUGUACCGGGUGUGUUGGAAGUCGUACGGCGGGUUCGCGUCGAGAGGACUGAGGAGUGAAAGGUUUCAUGAGAUUAUCGUCAAGAGCGAGAAUGAGUGCGAGGUGAGGACGUGGGAGGUGAUGGGGGGUGCGCUGGCGAAUGUUGUCAAGUGGAUGUAUCAUAAGACGCUGCAGCAGAAGUUUCGGUUGUGGGUGGAUGAUUUGAAGAAGUAUUGUGAGGGAGGGCAGGCUGUUCCGUCCACGCAGUGA